AUGUCAAUUCAAAGUGAACAGGAUUUCUUUAAAUUUGAAGAAUUAUGUAAAGAUUUCUAUUUGAAACCAGAAGAGACAAUUAAAAUUGAUGAUAUUCUUCAUCAAUACUUUUUAAAUCCAAACUUUUUAAUAGAGUAUAAACAAAUUCUUUCAUUCACUAAAAACUCUUAUGUAGUUGCUCAAGUAAUUAGAGGUUUAAUUAAAUGUGUCACUUCAUUUUGGACUAGUUUAACACCAAAUCAAAAAAAUGAUAUGAGUAAAUCAAUUGAACAUCAUUGUAUAGGAUUAAGAAUAUUAAAAGAUAUUAUUUCAGAGUUUAAUGAAUACAUAGGAGAGCAUCUUACAGUAUUACAACAUAGAAAUAUAUCUAUAUCAUUAAGAGAUAAUAUAUUAUUAGAUAUAUUUUGUAUAUCAUUAGAAUCUUUAAAUUAUGCAUUAGCAAAUUCAAUGGAUGAAAAAUUUAAAAGUAUUAAAGAAUUAGCAUUAGAUUUAAGUUAUUCAUGUUUAUCAUUCGAUUUUAUAAAGACAACUAGUAUUGAUUCAUCAGAAGAGAUUUUAACAGUUCAAAUACCAUCACAAUGGAAAUCAACAUUUGAUGAAAAUAAUCCAUUAGAAUUAUUUUUUAAAAUUUAUAAACAAUAUCAUUCAACUAAAUCAUUGGAAUGUAUAUUACAAAUUGUAUCAAUUCGUAGAUCAUUCUUUACUACAGAGGAUGAAAGAGUUAAAUUCUUGGCAAGUAUAGUUCAAUAUACAACGGAAAUACUUAAAUCAAAUAUUGGUUUCAAUGAACCAAAUAAUCAUUUAGUAUUUUCACGUGUAAUUGAAAGAUUAAAAACAAAUUAUCAUUUAAAUAAUUUAGUAACUGUUGUUGGUUAUAAUGAUUGGAUUUCAAAUCUUUCAACAUUUACAAUUGAUACUUUAAAAAAUCCACAAUUUUCACCAAAUAGUAUUUAUUUUUUAUUAACAUUAUGGGCAAAAUUAGUAUCAUCAAUUAUUUAUGUUAAAGGUGAUCCAAGUAAGACAUAUUUAGAAAAGUAUUCACCAAUUAUAAUGGAAUCAUUUAUAAAUAGUAAGAUUGAUAAUAGUUAUUCAGAUGAAGAGGAUGAACAUUUGAUGGAUUAUGAAAAGAUGGUGGAGAUAUUGGAAGGUAUACCACAUUUGGGUAGAAUUACUUAUCAAGCAACUUGUAGACAAAUCAUAUUGUUAUUCGAUAGUAUUUCAAGUAAGUUUUUAAAUGAAACCAAUCCAACUCAAUUGGAAGUUUAUGAAAGACAAUGUGCAUGGUUAGUUUAUAUCAUUGGUUGUUUAAUUCUCGGUAGAACCAGUAUCAAUUCAUCAGAGGAGCAUGAUAAAAUCGAUGGUGAGCUAUCGGUUAGAGUAUUCAUAUUGAUUGGGUAUAACGAUAAGAAGUUAUCGGCCGAGAGUAAUACUCAAUAUCAGUAUCGUACGAGUAGGAUCUCAUUGGAGUUGAGUUUUAUUUAUUUCAUGCAAAACUUUAGAAGAAUUUACAUUGGUGAGAAUUCAAUAUCGUCAAGUAAAAUCUAUCAGAGAAUAUCCGAGCUAAGUGGUCCAACCGAUCAUACUUCAGUAUUGUUUUCAAUUGUUCAAAAGAUUGGUUUCAAUUUUAAAUAUUGGGCAGAGAAUGAUGAAAUAAUAAAGAAAAGUCUUGACAUGUUUUGGGAAUCUGUCAAUGGUCAUUCCACUUCGAAAAUGUUAAUCGAUAAUAAAAUCACUAAAGAUAUCUUAAAAACUCAUAGUUCUCAAGUUUUCCCUUUUCUUGAAAAGAAUUCAAAUCCAAGAAAUAGAACUUCCCUUUAUAAAACUAUUGGUAAAUUAUUAUUCACUGAUGAAAAUAUGGGUUUCUUUGAUGAAUUCAUUGCUCCAUUCGAUGAUACAAUUAAACAUCUAUUAAAUAUUUCAACACCUGAACAAUUUAGAACUGAAGAAAUUAAAAGGAAAGUUAUUGGUUUAUUAAGAGAUUUAAGAGGUAUAAUUACUUCUGCAAAUAGUAAAAGAUCUUAUUUAUUAUUUUUUGAAUGGAUUCAUUUAAAUUUUUCAGAAGUUUUAAUUAAAAUUAUAAAUGUUUGGGUUGAUUCACCAGAGGUUACAACAUCAUUAUUAAAAUUUAUAUCAGAAUUUGUAUUUAACAGACAGAGUAGAUUAAUAUUUGAUAGUUCAUCAGCUAAUGGAUUCAUAAUCUUUAGAGAUACAAGUAAGAUAUUAGUUUCAUAUGCAUCAUUAAUUCUAAAGGCAAAUAUAUCAAAACAAGACCUUUACAAAUUUAAGAUCAAAGGUAUUCAAACAUCAAUGUUAUUAUUUACACGUUGUUUAGUUGGUGGUUAUUGUAAUUUUGGUGUAUUUGAACUCUAUGGUGAUCCAUCAUUCACUAGUGCAAUCGAUUAUAUCUUUCAAUUGUGUUUAUCAGUUUCAUUGGAUGAAUUAAUGAGUUUUCCAAAGGCUUCAAAAGCUUAUGUUACAAUGUUGGAAGCAUUAUGUUUGGGUCAUACCUUGUCAAUCAUUCAAUUGAAUCAACAAUACUUUAUUCACAUUAUGAAAUCACUUCAUAGAUGUUUGGAUAGUCAAGAUGUUACAAUGUCAAGUUCGUCAUGUACUUCCAUCGAAAAGAUUAUCACCGUUUGUUAUUAUCAUUUGAAGAAAAAGAAUUCACAAUGUCUUCAAGCAAUUCAUCAAAACUUUUUCAGUAAUUCUAAUAUCCUCUAUGAAAUCAUCGAUAAAAUCAUCUCUAUCAUCAUCUAUGAAGAUAAUUUUAAUCAAUUCAUGUUCUCAAAGUUAUUAUUAACUUGUAUCAUCUUUCAUCAAGAUACUUUCACCACACUAAAACAAAAAUAUAUUCAUUCCUUUAAUUCACAAUGUCCUGAAAAAGUUGAAAAAGCUUUUGUUCAAUUAAUGGAAAAUACUCUUGAUAAUUUAGAAACUAAAAAUAAAGAUAAAUUCACUUCAAAUGUUUCUAUCUUUAGAAAAGAAAUGAAAUUAAUUAGUUCUUCAACUGGUAGGUAUUUAUAA